UUCAAUACUAUAUUUAGUCUAAUCCACAGAAUUCAAUAAACAAAUCACUAAUCAGCGUAUACACAUAGAAUUUGAUUCCUUCGAGAAAACAGAAAAUGACCCAAAUUUGGUCCUGAUAUUUGAAGCCUUGGGUUGGUUGUCUUUUUUAAGUUUAUUUGAUCCAUCAUAAACCCAAUAUUUGAAGAUUUGGGUUGGUCUUAUUUCUUUGAUUUGAUCAGUCGAAAGUGAAAUUUGAAAGACUUGGGUUGGUUUAUUUAUUUAUUUAUUUGAUUUGAUCAGUCAUAUAUUGAGUGGCUAAGAUUUUUCGGCAAAACAAGUCAAAAUCUCUGUGUUUGUUUUGUUUUGUUUGUUGAAAGCGAUCCGAGAAAUCUAUCAGAGGAUUGAAUUCUUUUGUUUCCCAUUGGAGGCUACAAAUUCGUGGUUCUCUUUACUCAUUCGAGUGAUACUUUUUCUGAAUUUCCCUUGUCAUCGGCAUUCAUCCCAAAUAGUGUUGAUGAAUUUCAGUGAGAAGGAAGAUUAGUCUCUUUGAUUGAGGGUCAUGGAGAGUAAUCACGAGACGGUGAGUGGAAAUGGAAUGGUGGAGAAUGGCCACGGCAUUAUGAGGCACUCCUAUCAGCCUUGCAUUAGGGUCUCAUUACCUUGGUUGGAUUUAAGAGUUUUUUAUGUGAGAAUCACCAAAUGUGAGAUUGAUGAUUCGACUCCUGAGUACCUCACAUUGAACCAUAUUCCGCUGAAUCACGACACCCUUCUUGAAGUAAAUGGUGCAAGAACUAGCAUCUAUUCCGACAAUGCCUCCACCCUCCUUAGAAGGGAUAGGUUAGAUAAAAAAUCCGAAGAAGUUACAUUCGUCAGUACUGAUAGUAUAAGGAUGACUGGCAGUGUGAAGUUUGAGGUUCUUGAUAAGGAUGUUCUAGUGCUACAUGGGGUAUUAGAAUUGUGUGAUAGUAAUGGAUUUAUUCGGGAAUCGCAAAAUCAUAGCGAGAAAUGGAGCAUGAGUUGUGAAUCGGAUGGAAUUGCCGGCACUGGAUUUCUGAAGGGUAAACAAUACACGGGUCCUGAGUCAACUUCACCAACAAUUGAGGUUUAUGUGGCUGGUUGUUUCUUAGAUACUCCAAUUAUCUUGACUAAGACUCUGCAGUUUAGUUCUCGAAAGAAGCAGAUAAGAAAGGGAAUGUUGGAUUCCAUACCGGAAUAUGAGGCAAGUGAAAGCCAUAAGGAUGUUCCAUCUGGGCUUGCAUUGCAGGAAUUGGAUUACCCGAAUUAUAAACCAGAAAAUGAAGACUAUAGAAACUUCUAUUCGGGGACAGAAUAUUUAGAAGGUGAAGAUGGAGAGCUAUCUUGGUUCAAUGCUGGGGUGAGAGUGGGAGUUGGAAUUGGCCUCAGCAUUUGUGUUGGAAUUGGGAUAGGAGUCGGAUUGCUGGUUCGAACCUACCAAGGAACGACCAGGAACUUCAGAAGGCGGCUACUGUAAUCCAUCAUGCCCCGGCUUGUCUUUCUAACCCAACAUCUCUUGUGCUCCCUCACAAUCCAAAAAGCUGCUGACUUGAUAGUCUUGCUGACAAAUACCCUCAUUUCGGAUUUUCUGAGGGUAUAUGUUCCGCGAUUAAGAGCAGGUCUGCAUGAAUUCCGGCUUUCUUGGUUUUAGUUUGAAGGAAUUAGCCUUUAAUAUGAAAUAAAAUGAUGAUUUUGUUAUAAAGGUACUACCAUGAAUGCAGGAAUUUUCCCGGGCAUUUCCUGCACUUAAAUCUUGUUGGAAACAAAUUUGUUGGUCAAGAUCCUCUUCGUGUACAAUUAUUGUAAUUUCUUCUUUUCUUUUUGUUAUAAAGGUGUGGAUAGCAAUAAGUUUUGAUAA